AUGUAUUCUUCGAAUGCAGUUCAUCCGUUUGAAAUGGAUUCAAGUAAAUCCACUGCAACAUCUCAUUCAAAAGGAAUGGGAUGGCCCAAAGCUUCAUUAUUUCUGAUUGGUCAUUCAGCUGGAGCUGGAAUGUUAGCAAUGCCAAUGGCGUUCACUGUAAUGGGAGUGGAAAUGGGUACAAUUAUGACGAUUGUUUGUGCUGGGUUUUCACUGAACACUGGUCUCCAACUAGGAUGGAUGUGGCCAAUGUUACAAGAGAUGUGGCCAGAAUACAGAAAAAUUUGUCAGAAUCCAUACGGAGAAAUCGCCCUACGAUCCUAUGGACCAGUGGCUCGAACUGCCCUUGAAAUAAUGAUUUGUUUUGCUCAAUUGGGGUAUGCUGUUGUUCUUUUACUGCUAGCUGCUAAAAAUGCUUCAGUCCUUUUUCACUUCUUCUUGUCUGUAGAAAUCAAUCAAUGUUAUCUGAUCAUUGUUGUUGCUCUUCUUGUUUGGCCGACAACUAUGCUUCGAAGUCCUGCGAAUUUCUGGCAGAUUGCAUGGCUAUCGACUGCUUCUAGUUGGGCUGCAGUUGUUUUGAUAGUCAUUGGUGUUCUUCAUGAUUCUCCUGUUUGUCAGAAGGAUGUACAACAUGAUCCUACAGAUUUAUUCAAAUCUUUUAUGUCAUAUGGAUCAAUGGUUUUUGCAUAUGCAGCUCAUUCAUCCUUUCCAACAUGUCAACACGAUAUGAAAAGAUCUUCGGAUUUCUCAUACUCUCUUAUUCUAACAUGGACUAUUAUUUCAGUUUACUAUUUGACAGUUUCAUAUCUUGGAUAUUUCGUAUACGGUAGUUCGAUUGGUGACUCUAUUAUAUCUUCGAUUCAAAAUGUUACUCUUCAACAAUUGAUAAACCUGAUGUUUGCAAUUCAUGUCGCUUCAACUAUCAUUAUUGCUUCAUCCCCCGCGUUUCUAAUGUUAGAAAGUCUUGCCAAAAUUCCAAAAAAUUUUAAUAUCAAAAGAUUCUUUCUGAGAUCUUUCGUGUUCCUACUCGUUACAUUGACAGCACUCACAUUUCCGCAUUUUGGUCCAAUGAUAAAUUUGCUCGGCUCUUCUGUAAACUCCUUGCUUGCAAUGAUUCUACCAACUGUAUUUUAUUUAUCAUUGAGAACAUUUCAGUUGAAAUGGAAAGUGGAUAAGAAGAGAAAAGAACUUCCUACUUUUGGAGAAAUUUUUGAAUCAACGCCAAAGUCCAUUCUUGCUUUUAAUUGCAUUUCUAUGACUUUCGGACUACUCGCAGGCAUAAUUUCCACGAUAUCAGCCAUCCGAACCUUCUCUAAUUCAUCACUUCCUCCUCCUUGUUACAUUCAGUAUUUCUCUUCUGGUCUCCCAUUUUCAUCUCCAAAUGGAACAAUUGAUUGUUGUGGUACUUAUCGAAAUCUGACGGUUUCCCAAUCAGAUCCGAAUGGAUUCUGUUCUUUCAGAAAUAAAUGA